CAGAGAAUAAGAACUGCGUCGGAUUCUGUGGCCAUCUUGGUUCGCCAGCAGAACUUCUGAAGCCCUCUCGCUCGAGGAAGCUCCGUGCGGAGGCAUCAUGGAGGCUGAGGACAAGUUUGCAGCUCUUCGCACCAAGAUCUUUACCGAGUCUCUAGAGACAUCAAAUGAGCCAAGGUGGGGCUACUUUGGCAUCCCAGGCUCACUGGCCAUUGGUGACAACUCCUAUGCACCCAGGUUAACCAAGAAGCCAGUGGCCGAUGAUGCCGAUGAGAACACCACACGGAACAUCCAGUCCUGUCCGACCAAGAAAGGUACCACACCAGAUGUCUACUUCAAGUUCGAAACUCCUUUAGCCAUUGGAGAUCCGUUCGUCGAUCCGGGCGAUGCCAUGAAGAAGGGCAAGGUCUGGAUGUUGGACGCUGAUGCAAGCUUCAAACCACCUGGCAAGGUGAAGCAAAGUAUCAACAAGCUUGGUUAUGAGUACGUGGAGCAUUGUGACCAAGUGAAGGAUCCCAAGGAGAUCAAAGACAAGUACUCAGACUAUAUCCCACCUCGCAACAUCCUGGGCGGUGCGUCCAAACGAGGUGGCCCCGGCGUGCUCACUGGCGGUGUUCUCUUUGGCUUUGGGGAGCCUGGAGCUUUCCCGGAACACAUCCCCGACGACUACGAUGCUGCCAGGAAGCAGCGCAAGAAAGAGCUGGAAGAGCAUCACAGCAAGAUCCAGGAGCAAUCCUUCAAAGGCUUGGACUAUGGCAAUCGCUAUUUCCAAAGCAACGAGGAGGCCUUUGGAGGCUUCGAGGGCGUCCCCACGCACGUGCCGCGCGACCCGCCGCCGGACAAGACGGCCAAGUAUCCUCAUGAGUCGCCUUUCCGGCCGCCCAACCCCAUGAAGCGCGACGCAGUGGGAUGCCUCAUGGGCGGCAUCCCAGAGUACAUCCCUUGUCCAGAAGAUCCUGUGGUCCGAAAGCCUAAGGUGGAAGAUGCACCACCAGCCUUCAAGACUGGAGCGCCCAAGUACGUGGCGAAGCCCACGCCCUCGGUCACCACGCUAGCACGGAACAUGCGCAACGAACGGCCCUCGAGCUUUCUGCGGCCGACUCUUUGAGUUGACCUUCGGCAUCACCGAGAGCUGACCGUUGGGCGAUGACAGCGCAGGGUGCACAGGGAGACGUUCUUCGGUCGUCGCGUUCUUCGGUCCAGCGAAGGACACGGGCAGCUAGCAGCUAGACCAGG